AUGCGCCAACCACGUCUUACGCCGAUGAGGCUUUUUUUCCAGCUGCCUAGAGGACUUAGAGCAGGCUCUGAGUCGAAUCCAACGUCGUGAUCGGCACCCGGGGGCGGAUUCUUCUUAUUCCUUGACUCUAGGGGACUUCAAUGCCAAAGUCGGCUCAAAAAAACAUCAACCGAAUCCUCUCUCGGUAGCCAUGGCAUAGGAGUCCGUAAUGAUCGUGGUAACACACUUGUUGAUUUCUGUGAGGCAAACGGAUUGAGAAUCUGGAACACGUACUUCAAAAAACGUGGAACCAGAAAAUGGACUUGGAAAUCUCCCGAUGGCGUCACGAAGAACUGCAUUGAUUACGUUAUUGCGGAUCGUCGUUGCCCUAUCUACGACGUGGACGUCAUCGCGAAUCUUCAUUUUGACACCGACCAUCGUCUCGUUCGAGCAAAAAUGAAGAUAGUUUCCCGCCACGUCAACAAACGCGCAACCUCAAAGCGUGUUUUCGACAAGCCACUAUUUUCGUAUGCCGUAGAACGACUCUUCAAUCAAAACUCUCCUGAAACUUACGAGUGUUUGAAGAAAGUCUUUAGUGAAGCUUCGACCAUCGCGACUACCUAUGAGCCGAUUCCUUCUCGGUUUUCGGCAAGAACUGAAAAACUCUUUCUGAAGCGUCAAGAACUCCAGUCGCAAACUCAUACACCUUCUGGUCGGAUCGAGUUUUGCAUGACGAACAAGGCCCUUCGGGUUUCGAUCAAGAACGACACCGAGAUGAACCUACAUAACAAGAUCGAUAGAGCAAUCAAGAAACAUCGGAGUGUUCGAAAAGCAUUGAGAAAAUCCAAAGUUUGCUCAAUCGCUUUGACCCAACUCCAGCGGGUUGAUGGAACGAUCGCCGCUUCAAAAGAAGAUGUUGCAAAGACGGUCCAAGCAUUCUACAACUCUUUGUAUGCUGCACAACAAAGCUCUCCGGCAAUCAUCGCGCCAUCCCAAGAUGACCUUCCGUCUAUUUUGCCGAGCGAGAUUCGUACUGCUUUGCGCAAAGCAAAACGAGGGAAAGCCCCUGGACCUGACUUCAUAACGCUGGAGAUGCUCCUAGCUGCCGAAGAAAAUGCAGUCCCGAUUCUUGCGAGUAUCUACAACGAAUGUCUCAAAAACGAGAGAACUCCGACUUCGAUGUCAGACUCAAUAGUCCGCCUACUUCACAAGAAAGGGAGCUGCCUUGACAUCGGAAACUACCGACCUGUAGCCUUGAUGUCGACUAUCCACAAAAUCUUCACUUCCAUCCUAAGAAGACGGGCAGAACGGUCUCUGGAAGAAGCACAACCUAUCGAACAAACGGGAUUCCGACCUGGAUACUCGACCUCAGAAAACACACUGGUCGUCUCCGAAAUGAUCCAGAAGUCACACGAAUACCGCUUCCCGUUAUUUUUGAUGUUCAUCGAUUAUAAGAAGGCGUUCGAUAGCGUGGAAUUCGGAUCCCUUUGGACGGCUCUAAGCGAAUUUGGCGUUCAUUCGAAAAUAGUUAACACGCUCAAGAACAUCUACGACGAAGCGAAAGUGUCUGUCCGAAUCCGCGGGCACGACGUCCCAGUACAAAUUGGAAGAGGCGUGCGGCAAGGCGACACUAUUUCGCCCAACCUUUUCAACGCUACUCUUGAGCAUGUAUUUCGAAGACUCGACUGGAGUGAACAUGGGAUCUCCGUUAACGGGACGCCUCUCACACACCUCCGGUUUGCUGACGACAUCGUUUUGUUCGCUUCAAGUUCGAAGAAAUUAGAAGAAAUGGCAAACCAACUAGCCACUGAGAGCAAGAAAUCUGGCUUGAUCAUCAAUUUCUCGAAAACGUAUAUCAUGUCAAACCGAGCGAAGAGAAGAGUGGAAGUAGACGGAAAAGAAGUAUCAUAUGUUGACCAGUUCACAUAUCUCGGAACGCAUCUUCAUUUCGCGGAAGGUUUCAAAACGGAACUACUCCGCAGAAUCCAAUCCGCAUGGGCAGUUUUCCACAAGUUUUCUAUAUAUCUGACGAAGAAAACAACACCUCUCAAGAAAAAAGUCAAAAUAUACCAAGCUUGUAUAGAACCUGCGCUCUUAUACGGAUCAGAAGUCUGGACCCUCAAGAAAACAGAGAUGAACAUGUUAGCCACAGCACAGAGGAAGAUGAUGAGAAGAAUGCUUGGUGUGACUCUAAUGGAUAGAAGAUCAAACAGUUGGCUCCACGAAAGAUUGAAGAUGCGUGAUGCUCGAAUGGUUGCAACAAGAAGAAAAAUGGUUCUUCGCAAAGAAAAAUCGUGACGGGAGAAGAAACGUGGGCAAAGAAGAUCGUAGAAUGGCGGCCCUGGGAGAAGAAAAGAUCUGUUGGACGACCACGAGCACGUUGGCGAGAUGACUUCCGAAGCGUUCUUGGGGAGAAUUGGUCGACCGUUGCGCGCAACAACAAGGAGCUCUUCAAAUCUACCAUGAUUCAGCAGAGCCUUUUUGAUUACUCUGAUGUCUGA